UCUGUGCAACUGUUCCAGUAUUCAGAUGGCGUGGUAACUCUACUGAUUUCCGCCCUCCAUCUUUUUGCAUUGAGUUUUCACGAUGCCGCCUAAGAAGGACGCAAAGUCGUCGGCCAAGCAGCCGCAAAAGACACAAAAGAAGAAGGAGGGCUCCGGUGGCGGCAAAGCCAAGAAGAAGAAGUGGUCCAAGGGCAAAGUCAGGGAUAAGUUGAACAACCAGGUGCUGUUCGAUAAGCCAACCUAUGAGAAGCUGUACAAGGAAGUGCCUGCCUACAAGCUGAUCACCCCAUCGGUUGUGUCUGAGCGUUUGAAGAUCCGUGGCUCUCUGGCCAAGCGUGCUCUGCUUGAGCUGCGCGAUAAGGGUCUGAUCAAGCAGGUCGUGCAACAUCAUUCCCAGGUCAUCUACACACGUGCAACCAAGGGUGAUGGGGAGUAAACUAGGUUUUACGAUACAAGAGAGACGCAUUCAUUUUUUACAAUUGAACAUUGAUUGUAUGGAAAGUUAUAUGACUCUGCUGUGUGGUAGAAUGUUGAAUAAACCUUCUUUUUGAUGUAA